CAAACGAGUUGUUGUUUGUGCUGAGGUAAGCAGCUGUUUGCCCCUGGCGCGGCGAUUUGGCUAGCGCUGGGCGUGUGUCGAGGCCGGCGGCCGCCACACGGUCAUUGUUCCCCAGCUCCUGUUGUUCCACAGCCUUUCGACUGCAACGACCACGACGGCCUACACCACCUAAUUUUUGCUACCCCUUCCUCCCGUGGACUGGGCUCCGUUCUUUCCCUUCCGACAUGGCUACAAAUAUCACUCAAGUCAUCAACGAGGAUGCCUCGCAGCGGACGCUGGCGCCCGUAGCCGUUGGCUCGCAGGUUGCGCUAAUGAGCAUAGUCUCGUUCGCCACAAUACUCGUCUUUAAUGUUUUACGCCCUAAAAACAAGAUUGUCUACGAGCCAAAGGUCAAGUAUCAUGUGGGCGACAAGCGUCCGCCGCGGAUGUCGGACUCGCUGCUCGGAUGGCUGCCUCCCGUACUGCACACGAAGGAGCCCGAGCUCGUCGACAAGAUAGGACUGGACGCCGCCAUCUACCUGCGCUUCCUCCGCAUGCUGCGUUGGCUCUUCACCGCGGUGACCUUCAUCUGUUGUGCCGUGCUCAUGCCCCUCGACAUCGUAUACAACCUACAGUCCAUCCCGAGCAAGUCGCGCGACGUGCUCUCGAUCCUCACCAUCCGGGACGUGGCUGGGUGGCGGCUCUGGGUCCACGUCGCCAUGAUGUACGUCGUCACAGGGAUUGUGAUGGCGUUCGUGUGGUACCACUGGCGCGAAGUCGUGCGCCUGCGGCGGGACUGGUUCCGCUCGCCGGAGUACACGCGUUCGUUCUACGCGCGCACGCUCAUGGUCACGAAGGUCCCGAAGAAGCUGCAGUCGGACGAGGGCAUCCGCGCGAUCUUCCAGUCCGUGCAGGUGCCGUACCCGACCACGUCCGUCCACAUUGGGCGGAGAGUGGGCCAGCUGCCUGAGCUGAUCGAGUACCACAACAACACCGUGAGCGAGCUCGAGGCGGUGCUUGUCAAGUACCUCAAGGAUGGCAAGAUGGGCAAGGAGCGUCCGCAGAAGCGCCUGGGCGGCUUCAUGUGCUGUGGCGGCCAAAAGGUGGAUGCGAUCAACUACUAUAUGGCGAAGCUUAAGCGGACGGAGGAGACGGUCGAGCGCUACCGCGAGCAAAUCGACAUGCGUCAAGCCGAGAGCUACGGAUUUGCAUCCAUGGCUGCGGUCCCCUACGCGCACAUCGUGGCGAACUUGCUUCGGGACAAGCACCCUAAGGGUGCCACGAUUGCACUCGCGCCCAACCCCAAGGACAUUGUUUGGACUAACCUCAACAAGUCGACUGCGGAGGUUGCGCGCAACCGGACUAUAGGGUGGGCAUUCCUUGUCCUGGUGUGCUCCAUCAACACCGUGCCGCUCUCGAUCAUCUCCAUUCUGGCAAACUUGGCAUCCUUGACCGCGUAUGUACCAUUCCUGGAAGCAUGGUCCGUGAACUCUCCAGGAACGUUCGCGGUCAUUUCUGGUGUGCUGCCUCCCGCAGUCUCAGCACUCUUCGGAUACGUGUUGCCCAUUGUCAUGCGCUGGCUCACCAAGUACAUGGGUGCUUACACGCAUUCCCGUCUUGACCGAGCCGUUGUCGCACGGUACUUUGCGUUCCUGGUCAUCUCGCAAUUGAUCAUCUUCACGUUGAUUGGAGUCAUGUUCAACUCUGUGACACAGAUUGUGAACCAGAUUGGCCACCACAAGAGCUUCAAGGAGAUCAUUGAGAACCUCGACGAUCUCCCCGGUCUUAUCACGAACACCUACAUCGACCAGGCGUCAUAUUGGCUCACCUACUUCCCGUUGCGUGGUUUCCUUUGUGUCUUCGAUCUUGCACAGAUCAUCAACCUCGUUGUUGUCUUCGUCAAGAAGAACCUCUUCGGCCGUACACCUCGCGAAAUCCGGGAGUGGACCCAGCCCCCAGAGUUCAGCUAUCCUAUCUACUAUUCGAACUUGCUCUUCAUGGCGACCGUCGGUCUGUUCUUUGCGCCUGUCGCGCCACUUGUCACCGUUGCAGCGAUGGUGGUGUUUUGGAUUUCGUCUUGGGUGUACAAGUACCAGCUCAUGUUCGUCUUCAUCUCACGGGUCGAGACUGGCGGGCGUAUGUGGAAUGUCAUCAUCAACCGGCUGCUCGCUUCCGUCGUCCUUAUGCAUCUCAUCAUGCUGCUCACAAUCGGUUUCAAGUUCACCUUCAGUUCUCUGAGGUUCAUAGCCGCGGUUCCGCCCAUUCUCUUCACCAUCGGAUUCAAGAUCUACCUGAACCGGACGUUCCUCCCGGCAUUCCAGUUCUACAUCCCGACAGAUGAGGAGCUCAGGCAGGCGGCUGUGCACUCGAAGCGAUCAGACAACCUUAACAACAAGCUCGAGAAGAGGUUCGGACACCCUGCGCUUCACCAGGAUCUGUUCACGCCCAUGGUGCAUGCGAACAUGACGCAUCUCCUGCCGGAGGUGUUUGGUGGCAAGAUUGGAAGCACGAAGACAGCACUGGACGACAUAGGCGGAAACAAGGUUGAUACCGCCGUUGUCGGGGGUGUCAGGAUCGCUGGGAUCGAAGAGCAUGACUUGGAGUACGAUCCUUCGCUCUAUCGGCGUGACCGCGGAGAGCUGGAUUGGGACCAACGCUCCAUCACGUCUACGACAAUGCUCAACGACAAUAGCUCUGUGGCACAUCUCAACCCUAGCGGUCGCGCUUCCCCCGCGCCGUCGAAGAUUGCCGGCUACGACCGCUAUCUUGCCGGUCGCCCUCAGCCUGAAAUCGAGAUGGCGCGCCUUGAUUACGACCAACAGCCUUUGCUGCACGCUGCGCACGCACCUGGCCUGUAUGCAGGCGAGAUGGCGAGCAGAAGCGCGGUCAGUCUCUCGCAGUUCGGUACGCCACACGGUUCGCCAUACGGCACGCCUCAGAUGGAAUACACCCCACCGAUGCCGCCCAUGGCCGUGCCAUACGACAACCGCUCCGAGCAGGGCUACCGACAAGCACCUGUAUACCGGCCACACCCAUCACAUAGUGACUCGUGGCAGCCAUGAACGCCAUGAGCGUGUAACGGGCGUUUCGCCGUCACGGUGUCCCCGCUGUACUCAUGCCGUGCUUCUCCGCCGUGCAGCCUUCACGCUCAUUGUACACUAUGCACAUAUUUUUGUCUUAGGUAGGGACCACGGUUGUUGUACAUGCUUGAGGACACUUUGUUAGGACAUUUGGACAGUGCUUGAUGUUAUUGGACGGGUAGUAUACAUACAUAGACGGCCUGCCGUAGCUCUUACAGUACGAUAUGGCAAAUAUACU